GCGGAGGGACUCACAACUGUCUUAGUGCUUAACUUCGGUGCUGGUGCUAUGUUUGCAUUUGUGAUGGCACGGUGUUUGAGUGUUACGCUCCUAUUAUUCCUGGUCGGUGCAAUAAUCUCUUCUACAAGUGGUGCUGAACACGUUCGAGUAAAACGACAAGAUUCAUCAAAUGGAACAAAGAAAGAAGAAAGUUUUGAAGUAGAACUUUGCCGGGACAAAGAUGCCGGUGAAUGGUUUCGUUUAGUGGCUGGUGAAGGCGAUAAUUGCCGUGAUGUUAUUCAAUGUACAUCAUCAGGAUUACAAGCAAUCCGUUGUCCAGCCGGUUUGUACUUCGAUAUUGAAAAACAAACAUGUGAUUGGAAAGAUGCCGUCAAAAACUGUAAAUUGAAGAGCAAGGAACGUAAAGUAAAACCUCUUCUAUACACAGAUGAACCAUUAUGUCAAGAUGGUUUCCUCGCUUGUGGUGAUGGAAAUUGUAUUGAACGUGGUCUUUUCUGUAACGGUGAAAAAGAUUGUUCCGAUGGAUCUGAUGAAAACAGUUGUGAUAUUGAUAACGAUCCAAAUCGUGCACCACCAUGCGACCCAGCUGUAUGUGUUUUACCCGAUUGUUUCUGUUCCGAAGAUGGUACAUUAAUUCCAAAUGAUUUACCAGCCAAGGAUGUACCUCAAAUGAUCACAAUUACCUUCGACGAUGCAAUUAACAACAAUAACAUUGAAUUAUACAAGGAAAUGUUUAAUGGCAAACGUAAAAAUCCAAAUGGCUGUGACAUCAAAGCUACCUUCUUUGUCUCUCACAAAUACACAAACUACUCAGCUGUACAAGACACACAUCGUAAAGGUCAUGAAAUCGCCGUACAUUCAAUCACACACAAUGACGAUGAACAAUUCUGGAGUAAUGCAACCGUUGAUGAUUGGGCAAAGGAAAUGGCUGGUAUGAGAAUCAUCAUUGAAAAAUACGCCAAUUUAACAGAUAACAGUGUUGUUGGAGUUCGAGCACCAUACUUAAGAGUCGGUGGCAACAACCAAUUUACCAUGAUGGAAGAACAAGCUUUCCUUUAUGAUUCAACAGUGACAGCACCAUUAAGCAAUCCACCACUAUGGCCUUACACCAUGUACUUCCGUAUGCCACAUCGUUGUCAUGGAAACUUACAAAGUUGUCCAACUAGAAGUCACGCCGUAUGGGAAAUGGUAAUGAAUGAAUUAGAUCGUCGUGAAGAUCCAAACAACGACGAAUAUUUACCUGGUUGUGCUAUGGUUGACUCUUGUUCAAAUAUUUUAACUGGAGAUCAAUUCUACAACUUCUUAAAUCAUAAUUUCGAUCGACAUUAUGAUCAAAAUCGUGCACCAUUAGGUUUAUAUUUCCAUGCUGCAUGGCUUAAGAAUAAUCCAGAAUUUUUGGAUGCAUUCUUAUAUUGGAUUGAUGAAAUCUUAGCAAAUCACAACGAUGUAUAUUUCGUAACAAUGACACAAGUUAUACAAUGGAUUCAAAAUCCACGUACCGUCACGGAAUCCAAAAACUUCGAACCAUGGAGGGAAAAGUGUGUAGUUGAAGGAAAUCCAGCAUGUUGGGUACCACAUUCAUGUAAAUUAACCUCCAAAGAAGUACCUGGUGAAACCAUCAAUUUACAAACGUGUGUACGUUGUCCUAACAAUUACCCAUGGUUAAAUGAUCCAACUGGAGAUGGGUUCUUCUAAGUCAGAAUUUAAACUAUAAAAAAAAAAAACAAAAUUUUUCUGUGUAGCGUGUAGGUGAUAUUUAUAAUUCUUAUGUAAAUACCCUCCAAGUAUUUCCAUACGGAGUUAUCUGUGACAUUUAAAAA